UCUUUUUAACUAUUCUAAAUUCCUUUUCAUCUAGUAUACAUACAUACAUACAUAUGUAUACUGUUAUUGUUACAAAACAUAAUAUAAAUAUGCUUUAUUUUAGUACAGUUAAUAGUAUUAAGAAAAAUAGCUGCAAAAAUUCCAAACCGCAAACCGCAAAAAACUUCUAAAUUAUCUCUCACUGACAAUAAAAAUUGAAUUUUUCAACUAUUUGCCAAUAACAAAACAAUGGACCAAUCGAAAGCUUCCUGUUCUAAAAAUAUUAAAGAACUACGUAAAGUUUUAAAAGAAACUUUAAACAUUGACCUAAAACUUAAACGUAGUCACCACAUAGAUGAUAUUGCUAGUGAGGCCGCUACAAUUCCUCCAACUAAAAUCACACCAAAAACAUACAAAGAACAAUUUAAUGCCCAUGUAGGUCAAAAUGUUUGCUGUCAACUGAAUAAGGAACUGGUAAAUAUUAAUGCCAAUGCAGAAGGGGUGACUGUGCAAUCGUUCGAUACACGGCAUCAGCAAGCUUUAAAUUUUACUGCAGAACUGUCGAGAGCAGUGAAGAAAUUAGUGAAAGAAUGCGCAUUGCCCCCAUCGCUACAUACAAUUCCGAGCGAAACUUCGAAUGCUAAACAAGAAACAUAUCCAAAGUUAGUGAAUUGCUAUCCACCAUAUGUUGUGAUUGGCCCGAAUGGUACUCGUAUAUUGGCAAAGGAUUUCAACAAAAUUGAUUGGAAAACAUGUAAAGGUGCUACCCGAAAGCUAAUUGGGUUCAUAUUUUCUCGUGAAGCUAUACUAGAUACUGAUUUCGCAAAAUACUCACUGGAUCCUGAUAGACUUGCUGAUAUGGAGCACUGUUUAUUGGCGAAAACAAAUGGUAACCUUUAUCAAAUACAAAAAGCUUUUGCUGAAAAAUUCAUCGAUAUUCACAUGAAAUUUUAUAGAAAACAUUAUAAGUGAUUUAAAGAUCAUAUUUACAUACAUACAUAUAAUGUAUAUAUAAAUAUAUACUAAAAUAAUACUAUAAUUCUUCGUUGGUGUAGUUAGUAGAAAGAUUUUAGUUGAUUUUGACCACGAAAAUGUAUUGUUUUAACUUAAUAGGUUUAUGUACAAAAAUAAAUGUCAAUUAUAUACAUAUGUAUAUAUAUGUAAAAAUUUAGUCCGUUUUGUUUUU